AUGUCGCCAGCAAUCACUACACAGGACCAUGCCGAGGAUCUAGAUAUCAAAGCCAAGGCCACCGAUACCCCGCAACCCAGUAUUCUUCGCUCACCACUCAAGUCAUCAGGAAGCUUGAAUGAGUACGAGAACUUCAACACGACACCCAUUAUCGGGACUGAGUUCCCACGUGUGCAACUCACCGAUAUUCUGAAAGACGAGGCGAAGAUCCGGGAUUUGGCUAUCCUUGUCUCCGAACGGGGCGUUGUGUUCUUCCGCGACCAGGAUAUCUCCUCCGAGGAGCAAAAGGUUCUCGGUCAGAAGCUGGGCGAGUUAACUGGGAAGCCGAGUACAUCAAAGCUCCACCGCCACGCCGUCGCAAAUAGCAAGCGAGGAAUCGCAGUCGACGAGAAUGGUCACCUGGACGAUGAGAUUUCCGUCAUUUCUUCCGAGGUCAACCGCAAACUAUACGGCGACAGAUACAAGCCACUGAACGGCCGCCUCGCAAGCCAAGGAUGGCAUGCAGACAUAACAUUCGAACGCGUCCCAUCCGACUACGCUCUGCUAAAGAUAACAGACCUCCCCGAAGACCAGUCCGGCGGCGAUACCCUCUGGGCAUCGGGGUAUGAGCUGUACGAUCGACUCUCGCCAAGUAUCCAGAAGUUAGCGGAAGAGUUGAAGGUCGUGCAUUACCAGCCUGCAUUCAACAAAAUCGCCAAAGAACACGGCAUAGACCUAAUCGAAGGUGAUAGGGGCGCACCGGAGAAUACAGGGUUUGAUUUCAAAGCGACGCACCCCCUCAUCCGAACGAACCCGGUUACAGGCUGGAAGAGUCUUUUCGGCGCGGGACAGCAGGUCGAGCAUGGCUGGAUUGAGGGUGUGACGCAGCUCGAGAGCGAGGUCUUGAAGAAACUGUUCAACCGACUUCUGUUUGAGAAUCAUGAUUUGCAGGUUCGGUUUAGAUGGGGGAGGAAUGAUCUUGCUAUUUGGGAUAAUCGGUCGGUUUAUCAUACUGCUACCAAUGACUACAAUGGGAAGCGCCAGGGUAAUCGGGUCGUUUCGCUUGGAGAGAUCCCGUAUUUUGAUCCACUGUCGAAGUCGCGGAGACAAGCUCUUGCUGAGGGUGUUUGA